AUGUCAAAAAUACUUGAUAUCCUUCUUUUUUCAGUCUAUGAUCAGUAUGGUGUAGGAAAAAACGAGUAUAUUAUUUGUAUUGUGGUAGCUCUGUUUUUUUCAGCUCUUAUAUACUAUGUCUUUCAUUUUUUUUGGGGAUUUGGAAAUAAGAUGCCAUUGGAAGGACGUAAUGUUUUUAUUACAGGAGGCUCACAGGGUGUUGGGAAAGCCUUAGCUAUGAUUUGUACACGUAAAGGGGCCCAUGUCUGUAUUGUUGCUAGAAAUAAAAAGAUAUUGAGUGAAACACUUAUGGAGAUGGAGUCUGCAAGACGUAAUCCAGAUCAAAAACUACAAAUGAUUAGCGCAGAUCUAACAAUUGCUUCUGAAGCAAAGCGUGCAUUAGAUGAGUCUUAUGAGGAUCCUCCAGACAUUGUCUUUUGUUGCGUAGGUGCUGCACAACCUGGAUUUUUUGUUAAUUUAUUGCCUGAGCAAAUUGAGGAAGGCGUUAAAGUAAAUUAUUUAACUGCAGCAUAUACGGCUCAUGCAGCUCUUCGCAAAAUGGUUUGCAAACCAUUGCCUUCUAAUGCAUCUCCAAGAAGGAUCAUUUUUUGUUCUUCAGUUCUUGCGUUUUUAGGUAUGGCAGGGUAUUCUCAAUACUCUCCAGCCAAAUCUGCUUUACGAUGUUUAACAGAUACUCUUCGUCAAGAGGGUAUUCUAUAUGGAGUUAAAGUGCAUUGUGCAUUUCUUGCAACUGUUUAUACUCCAGGGUUUGAGAAAGAACAAUUGACUAAACCAGAACUUACAAAAGAACUUGAAGGUGUUGAUCAAGGUCAAACACCGGAAACUGUGGCUUUACGUAUGAUUAAAAAUCUUGAAAAAGGGAGAUUCUUUAUUACCACUGAAAUUAUUGGUGAUCUUCUUAAAAAUAAUAUGAGAGGACCGACGCCAAGAAAUAGUAUAAUCACUGAUACUAUUUAUGGAUAUAUUGCAUCAAUUAUUUUUCCUUUUGUUUCUAUGACUCAUGAUCGAAUUGUAAGAAAGUAUUUAAAAAAAGAAAAAUUUUGCCAUGCAAAAGAAUAA